CUGGAUAAGCUAAUCAGUCAAACGCGAUCCACACACAUCUGCAAUGGCGAAAUCACAAAAGAAGACGAGAGAGGACGACUUUAUCACGACUAUCUCCGACUCGGACUCAGAAGUGCCUGAUCUCGACGACGAUGAGCUAGAGGCUGAGGACUCUGAUCGGCCUGUCGAGGUCGAGGAAGUAAAGCCGGCCAAGAAGGGCAAGGGACCCAAAGCCAAUGGACAAGAGCCAGAGUUUGCUCUCGACUUUGAUCUUGGAGAUUUUGAGUCAGUGAACGCAUUCAGUGGCUGGGAUUUUGACAUGCAGGACCGUGCUAAGGGAAGCGGGCGCCGUCAGGUUGAUUUGGACGGAAUCAUUCAACGGCAACGCAAUAAAGAACAGGGACUGGAUGACGAGGGAGAGGACUCGGAUGCAGAAGAAGAUGAGGAGGUCGAGGCUCCGUCUAGGACUAAAUCAAAGAAGAUUUCCAGUGCUGUUCAAGUGGAUGCAGAGGAUGAUGGCAGCGAUAAAGAGGAAGAAAAGGGAGAUGACGCUAAAGAUGAAGAUGGAGAUGACGAUGACGAUGAAGAGGAGGUUAAGGUCAGCAGUCAAGACGCAGAGGAUAAGCUAGCGGCACUCAAGAAGCUUGAGAAGAUCCAAGAGCCCGCAAAAUCUAAGAAAGCGUCCAAGAAAUCUGCAAAGCCUGCAGCUGCGGUUGACGAUGACGAGUCUGAGGAAUCUGAUAACGGUAUGGAUGUCGACCCGGACUUAAUUGACGACGACGGAAAUGCAGGCGACAGCGAGAGCGAAGAAGAAGAGAAAGACACCCCGAAGGCUAUUGCAAAGUUCUUUGCCGCUCCAGUCAAGCCAGAUCCUAAGAAGCUUGCUGCUCACAAACAGUUCCACACUCUGAAUAUCUCACGACCUAUCCUUCGCGCUAUCGCUGCCCUCGGUUAUGCUGCCCCAACCCCGGUUCAAAGUGCAGUUAUCCCGAUUGCACUUUCUGGGAAGGAUAUUGUCGCUGGUGCCGUUACUGGUUCAGGAAAGACAGCUGCUUAUAUGAUACCUGUACUGGAGAGACUCUUGUACAGGCCCAAGAAAAUUGCUUCUACACGUGUUGUGGUUUUGGCGCCUACUCGUGAGCUGGCCAUUCAGGUUUCGGAUGUCGGCAGAAAGCUGAGCCAGUAUGUGCCCGGAAUCCGGUUCGGAUUGGCCGUUGGUGGUUUAAAUCUGCGAGUGCAGGAGCAGGAGCUCAAGUCUCGUCCCGAUAUCGUCGUCGCUACGCCCGGUCGAUUUAUCGACCAUAUCAGAAACUCUCCUAGCUUCCAAGUUGAUGACGUGGAGAUCCUAAUUAUUGAUGAGGCCGAUCGAAUGCUGGAGGAAGGUUUCCAAAAGGAGUUGACAGAGCUCUUGACCUUGAUGCCGACUCGGAGACAGACUCUUUUGUUCUCCGCCACCAUGAACUCCAGUAUCAAACAGCUUAUUCAGCUCUCUUUGCAUCAGCCAGUCCGGAUCAUGAUCAACCCCCCCAAGCAGGCCGCUAGUGGCCUUGUUCAAGAGUUUAUUCGCAUUCGCAAGCGGGAGAGUGCAAAGCCCGCUAUCUUGACUUGGCUUUUGAAGAAGUUUGACAAUCAUGAGCGUAUUAUGGUUUUCGUAUCUCGGAAAGAGACAGCUCACAGAUUGCGCGUUAUUCUUGGACUACUGGGCACCAAGGUGGGCGAGCUUCACGGUGCUCUCACUCAGGAACAACGUCUUAAUGGUAUCACAGAUUUCCGCAACUCUGCUGUGCCUAUUUUGAUAUGUACCGAUCUUGCUUCUCGUGGUCUUGAUAUUCCCAAGGUUGAGAUUGUGGUUAACUACGAUAUGCCCAAGUCUCAUGAGAUCUACCUUCAUCGUGUUGGUCGAACUGCGCGUGCUGGCCGCACUGGUCGCAGUAUCUCAUUGGUUGGUGAGGCAAAGGCAGAGCGGGUGAUUGUCAAAGAUGCCGUGAAAAGCCUGGAAAAGGACAAAGGAAAGGCCGUCAGUCGGAAUGUUAACUGGGACGAGGUUAACAAGGUUGUGAAAGACAUUGAAGGAAUGGAGGAGUCGAUUGAGGCUGUGCUUCAAGAAGAAAAGUCUGAGAAACAGUUGGCGAUUGCGGAGAUGCAGCUGAAGAAGGGCGAGAAUUUGAUUAAGCACUUCGACGAGAUCAAAUCCAGACCCAAGCGAACUUGGUUCGACGACUCUAACGAGAAGAGCCGAAAGCGGAGAAUCAGAAGCAAUAAGGCAUAGAGGCUGCGAUUUACUUAGAAAGAUACUGUUACAUUUGGUUUGCAUUUAUAGGUAUUUCUUAUGUUUUCGCGUUCUUGUACGAAAUUCUGGAGCCGGUUAGAAAAAGUUUAAUACUCGAUUGCUAUUUAUUCCA